CAUAACCUAAUUUAAUGUUUAAUAGGCUUUUCCUUAAUCUCUCCUUAUUAUCCAACAUAUUCGCUUAUCCAACGUUCUGCCGGCCCGUUUACGUUGGAUAAGCGAGACUCUACUGUGUAUAUAUAUAUAUAUAUAUAUACUAGCUGUGCCCGGCCACACGUUGCUGUGGCGAAGUAUGGUGGUAUGGGAAAUAAAGUAUUGAGGAAUUGGUGGUAGUUAAGGUAAAGGGUCCCCUGGGCUGAGUGGGUUGCUUAGGAGACCAAGUGAGCGGAGCUUAGCCUUCUAACUGGCAGCAAUUGGAUAAAAACAAUUAUUCCUCUCCCUCUAAUUAGGACUUUAUUUUUCUUUUCUUUUUGUUGUAUCAACCUAGUGGCAUGGAUGAGGGGUUGUGCUGUCAAUUUUCGAGGUUGUGGGGCGUUUACUUUUGUUGUUUUGUCCGCUGCCGUGAUGCCAUCACUCUUUUAUAUAUAUAGACUAGCUGUGCCCGGCCACGCGUUGCUGUGGCAUUGUCUGGUGGUGUUGGUGAGAAAUGGUUGAGGUAGUGGUGGUAUUGAAUGUCUGUUGUAUGGUUGUCUUUAUGUUUAGUAUGCAUUUGGUUGUUUGUGUACUGUGAAAGUGGUGAGGGUAGAGGGGGUCUAUGUCCCUGUGUAGUAUUGUAUAGUAUUUAUACGUUGUCCAUGUGUUGUGAAUGCUUGGAUUGUGUCCUGCUGCAUAGUAGAAAGGGUUGGGCCGGAUGGCCCUUAGGGGUCUCUCCAAACUCUUGUGCCUGUCCCCUGGGCUGAGUGGGUUGCUAGGAGACCAAGUGGGCGGAACUUAGCCUUGUAAUUGGAUAAAAAGAAUUAUUCCUCUCCCUCUAAUUAGGACUUUAUUUUUCUUUUCUUUUUGUUGUAACAACCUAGAGCCGUGGAUGAUGGGUUGUGUUGUCAAAUUUCGAGGUUGGGGGGCCUGUAAUUUUGUUGUUUUGUCCGCUGCCCUGAUGCCAUCACUCUUUUAUAUAUAUAGAUAUAUACACACACAUACACACACACACACCCCACUUGCCUUAUUUCCAACAAAGCUCUGAAGAUGCCAUUAGCCACAGAUGCAGGCGAAAGGUCAGGAGAGAAUGCCACUAGGAACAUAACCUGGGAAAUAAUGGUAAGGGAGGGGUCCUUCUGAGGAUGGAAAUCUCCCUCUUCCGGGAGGGAGGGGCGGGCAAGAGAGUCCUCCCUCCUUCUUCCUUUCUUUCCCUCCCUCUUUUCUUCCCUCCUUUCCGACGAGGCAGAGGUUCAGGUGGCACCAAAGGGCGAGAGGCAGCAGGUGAGCCAGGUGAGCCAGGUAAGACAGGUGCCUUCCGUCCAGGUAUCGACUUCUAGCAGCAACUACUCCAUCCAGGGAUUGCCCUUGUUGUGUGUGUGACAUAGUGCAUAUCGCCUCGGGGUAUGUUCCCUGCAGAGGCUUAAGAAUUUUUAGCUACUGCCCAAUCUCCCCCACCACCACUUCACAUAUAUCCCUUCCUGGGCUUGCAAAGUAUUCACAUUCCUUGGAUAGAUGUGCAAAAGGAGCUGAAGAGGCAAAGCAAGAGGCAGCUCCAGGUGGAGAUGGAUCCGGCACUCGCUCUUGGGUCGGACGGCACACAAUCGCCAGGUGCUGCAGAGUCCCGGACGAUGGUGGUGAAGAAGUAUUUUGUGAAGGCGCUGCACCGGCUGCAGAAGGGCCCCGGCUAUUCCUACCGGGAGCUGCUGGUCUGGUAUUGCGACAACACCAACACCCACGGCCCCAAGCGCAUCAUCCGCGAGGGCCCCAAGAAGAAGCUCAUCUGGUUCUUCCUGACCCUGCUCUUUGCCGCCCUGGUCAUCUGGCAGUGGGGCAUCCUCAUCGACACCUACCUCUCCUACAACGUCACCGCCUCCCUGGCCAUCGGCUUCAAGAAAAUGAUCUUCCCGGCCGUCACCAUCUGCAGCGCAAGUCCUUUCCGGUACUCCAAGGUGAAGCCUUACCUGGAGGACCUGGACUCCCUGAUCGAGGCCGCCCUGAAGCGCAUCCUGCAGACCGGAUGGGAGGGAGAAGCAUCCGCAUACAACAGCAGCGAUUUGGAGGGCCUCAACAUGCGCUUAUGGGACCAGAUCCCGUUGGUGAUGAUCGUGGAGGGCGAUGGCACCAAACCCAUCGUCCGCGACAUCCUCCGGGACUCUGACCUUGGCCUGAACAGCCACAACAUCUCUGACCUCUCCUCCUUCAAUCCAGAAGAGAAGAGGUACAGGCUGGCGCUCAAGCUGUGUGCUGACAAUGGCUCCAGCUGUGGCUACCGCAACUUCUCCAGCGCAGCGCAGGCCGUAAGCGAGUGGUACGUGCUCCAAGCCACCAGCCUGUUGUCGCAAGUGCCGGUCCAGAAACGCAUCGAGAUGGGGUACCAGGCGGAGGAGGUCAUCCUGGCCUGCCUCUAUGGGGCCGAGCCCUGCAGCUACAGGAACUUCACCCGCCUUUACCACCCGGACCACGGCAACUGCUUCGUUUUCAACUGGGUCAUGGACAAGGAGUCGCUCAUUUCCUCCAACCCCGGAGCAGAGUUCGGGCUGAAGCUCAUCCUGGACGUGAGCCAAAAGGACUACAUUCCCUUCCUGACCACGACGGCCGGGGCCCGGCUCAUGCUCCACGAACAGGAGAGCUUCCCUUUCCUCAAUGAUCAGGGCAUCUACGCCUUGGCCGGCACAGAGACGUCCAUCGGCAUCAUGGUGGAUGAGCUCCAGCGUUUGGGGUCUCCCUACAGCGACUGCACGAACAACGGCUCCGACAUCCCCGUUCACAACCUUUAUGAGGACUAUCUUGCCUUCCAGGGCCAGACAGAGCCACACAAGCUUUGUAUAAACUGCACGGAUGACGGACAAGAGGCCAGCAGUGGAAAUGACUCCUCGGGCAGACCCUACAGAACGAUCUACUCCAUCCAGGCUUGCCUGCGCUCCUGCUUCCAGGCUGAGAUGGUAGAGAAAUGCGGCUGCGGCCACUACUCCGUCCCGCUCCCCAAAGGAGCCAAGUACUGCAACAACGAAGGCUUCCCAGACUGGGCACACUGCUUCUCCUCCCUGCGUUCCAGCCUGAAGCACCGGCAGUUUUGCAUUGAAACGUGCAAGGAGACCUGCAACAACACCCAGUACAAGAUGACCAUCUCCAUGGCCGACUGGCCCUCCGAGGCUUCAGAGGAAUGGAUUUUCAAUAUUUUACUCUACGAAAGGAAGACCGUGACCAAUGUGACUUUGGAGAAAUCUGGGAUCAUCAAGCUGAACAUCUACUUCCAAGAGUACAACUACCGGACCAUCUCCGAGUCGGCAGCAACCACCAUCGUCUGGCUCCUCUCCAGCCUGGGCGGCCAGUUUGGCUUCUGGAUGGGUGGCUCCGUUUUGUGCCUCAUCGAGUUUGGCGAGAUCAUCAUCGACUUUUUGUGGAUCUUCCUCCUCCAGCUGAUCGGCUGGUGCCGGGGCGUCCGCAGGAAGUGGCACCCCAACGGCCUGGACCCCCAGAACGAGGGGCUCCCCGCCACCACCAUCUCCGCAAAGAGGGGGUCCCACACGAACCCGGCCUUCGAAAGCGGGGAAAAGGAAGAGGAGGCCGCGGGCCAAGCAGGGUGCCUCCCGGGUGCCCUACCCGAACCAGGGACCCCGCCGCCCCAAUACGACUCCCUCCGCGUUUGCCCCCUGGGCCCUAUGGAGACGGAGAGCGACGAUGGAGAGGCCUCUGUGUCCAGUAGGACGGCGGUCUAAGACCCCAAAGGUCGGAAGGAAGGAAGGCGGGAUGUGCUCCGCGGCUCUUAUCUUGUUGGUGAUAGCCACACAUCAGCAGGAAGAAAAAAGCCACAGGAGACCAUUUAUUUAUUUCGUGUCAAAAGCAUUGCAUAACAAAUACAUUUUAAAAUGAUGAAAAAAAAGGAAAUCACAAGCUACUAAAUAGUUUUAGACCAAAAGCGGGCAAUAGCAACCGCAUUGUCCGUAGCUUUGAACAACUCCUCCUCCGUGCAUGAGGCAGGACAUUGUGGGCAAGCAGACAUAUGCGGAGUUGUUGUUCACACAAGGUGGAGGAUUCCUCCAGGUAGUGCCACCUUGCCAAGUUGUCUUUAGAUCUGCCCACUCCGCUUCUGAGUCUGUUCAGGGACUUCCAAGUUGCCCAUUCUUGGUUGACCCUCAUGGGGGGCCAUCCAGUUGGAACUGCCUGGUUUAGCUGCCCAGAGAGACACCCUUGCUGCUGCUGGAGGAACCUGAAGAGGAGUGGUGGUUUUCAUGAAGCCCUUCCUUGAUUUGAGUCUGUUGAGAGGAGGCUGAUAGUCAUGCAGUGGGUGGCUUUCACAAUGUUCAACCUUUUUUCUCUCACCGUUAGCAGCAACUUCCCGUCGCACGUCAGGAGGGGCAAUGCCAGCUAACUUGUAGAGUUUAUCAACAGGUGUAGGUUUAAGGCAUCCUGUGAUGAUUCUGUAUGUUUCGUUCAGUGCUAUGUCCACCUACUUCGCAUGUGGAGACUUAUGCCAGACAGGACAGGCGUACUCAGCAGUUGAGAAAGACAAGACCAGGGCUGAGGUUCUUAUUACUUGUGCUGCCAAUCAGUUUCUGUCAGGAUCAAUACCAGGGGUCAGGGUGUGUGAUGGGUGGGUUUCUUCAAACACCAUCGAUCAACAGCUCCGGACUAGCACCCUGAUGAAUUGGUGAACUUCUACCCUCACCAAUUCCUCCAAUGUCAGACUCAAAGACAUCUGCAGUCUGAAGUUCAAACAUCUUUUUAAUAUUUACAGAGAUAUUUACAAUUGCUGCAAAGUCCAUCGCUCGAAGCUGGCAUUCUUCGGCUCGGCUCUUCUCUCACAGAGUUCAACAAGAGAGAUAAGAAGGCACAUUCCUUAGUCCGAAGGAAGUCCUGACCUCCAAGGCGUCCAAUCUCCCUCUUAUGUCAUCUAUAUAAAGUCUAUGAGAGGAUGCUAUCACAUCUCAUAGGUCACAGCAGGCUGUCAGUCAAACUGGCCUGCUGUUAACUGUUUCAUUGCUGAAACACACUUGCAAAACAGCAGGAACACUUGAUUUACAUUUCAUAUACACACAACCAAAAAUCCAACAGUUUCCACAGGAUGUUGUUGCAUGCAGCUACUUUGUGCUUGGUGUUCACGCAGUGUUUCCUAUAUGUUAGUGUUCGAUCUAAGGCGACACCAAGAUAUUUAGGAUGGAAACAGUGUUCGAGCUCUUGGCCUUCCCAAGUAACUUUCAGUUUCCUGUUGGCUUCACGGUUACGUAGGUGGAAAGCACACACUUGUGUCUUGGAAGGGUUGGGCUUCAGGUGGUUCUCUUUGUAGUAGCUGGAGAGAUCUUUCAAGGCAUUCGUGAGUUGCUUUUCAACUGUUUCAAAAUCCUUCACUUGUGUUGUAAGGCCAAGGUCAUCAGCUAGCUCUUUGUGAUUUCCAUGGGGUCUGCACCUUGGACCCACUUUAAACCCAACUCCAGCCCCACAGUGAGAAUCGCAAGCUUGGAAGGGAAUUCAAAGGGGUCCCUUUCCCAGUUGAAGCUGGCCCAGGCCAUUUGUUUAGGGGGACAACUGCAAGUGACCCUCAUCAGCAGCAAUGGGCCCUGGCCUGGCACAGGCUGCCAACCCACCCCUCUGUCUCUCUCAUUAAAAUUCACUUUUCUUUCCCAAA